AUGUGGUGGCUGACGGUAGACGAAUUCUACGUCCGGGCUUCACUGCCCGGCGUGGCCCCUGAAAACAUCAGGGUAUCCAUCGAGGACGACGUCCUGACCAUCCGCGGCGAAACGGCGUCCCAGUUCGAAAGCGCAGACGGUGCCUACCUCAUGCGCGAGGGCCGCAGCGGUUCGUUCCACCGCUCCCUGCGCCUGCCCGACACGGUGGACCAGGACAGGGCGGAGCCUCGGUACGAGCACGGCGUUCUAACUGUGACCCUGCCGAAGGCCGAGGCCAAGCGGGCCAAGGAGUUCCCGGUGCAGGUCAUUGAGGGCCCGGCAGCCAUCGAAGGAAGCUAG